GAUAAUGUUACCAUACGAUAUUAUUUGUCAAGUUAUUUCUCAGCUACAUGAACUGCACCCGCUCGGUGUUCAUUCAACGAUCCAAGUCAAUCGGGACUGGGCCACCGCCUCCCGCCCUUUCGUAUUCUGCGAGGCAUCCUUCGUGGCAUAUUCUGCAAUUGAUUUACGAAUAUGCGAAGACCGUCUCUCGUUCCUGAUCGAGACGCCACAUGCGAUCCGGCACGUCAAAGAAAUCAAAGUGCAUACCAAGCAACUGCCAUCUCCCGGGUUGCGCAACAGAGACUUUAUCCGCUACGAAGAGUCUUUUGAUGCGUUUUUUUCUCGCCUUGCUGAAGUCCUGUGUGGCGAGUUGGUCGGUAACCAUCUCCAGCACUUCAAAUGGACUGGAGGCAUAGGCAUCCCUGAUGCCAUUUUGCGCUCUCUGGAAGCGCACCAUCCCCUCUGCCAGCUGAACAUCGCCGAUUACGACGGAUACGCCCUGCCUGUUCUCUACAAUCUCUCACACCUGCGCGCGACCGUCCUUACCCUCGACCGUCCCCUCCAUCGCUUCGGCCACAUCAUCUCCUGCUCCCCACACCUCAAUUCUCUUGACCUCACUCUCCAUGCCCAAGAUUCGCACGUUCAGCGCAUCCCCAACCCACCGCCUCUCCUCCAAGACACGACUUGCACUUCCGCGCCCUCUCAAACCCUCUCAUUUCUCCACCUUCGUGGUUUUUACUACGCCGCCGACUGUGCACCCGAGACCGUCGCAUUCCUCUCCCAAUGGCCUAACCUCCGCACUCUACACCUCACCCUCCGCCUGAAAGACGAUUCCUCCUACCUCCUACACGCCCUUGCCGACUCCGGCCCCUCGCUUCCCCCGCUUCGCGCCCUCGCCAUACACAUCGAAUACAUCCCGGACCUCCAAUCUGCCCCUCCGGCAACUCUCGUCGCGCUCCUGCGCGCGCUCCCUGCCGCCCUGCGCCGGCUGCAAUUCACCAUCUCCGACCCCUACGCUCCGGAACUCCUCGAGGCCAUCGGCACGUACCACGGUCCCUCGCUCGAGUAUCUCGAGUUAUUCGUCCGCGCCACACUCAGCACCCCAUUAGUGGAUCAAGCCCACCUCGACGCGCUGCUCGCGCAGUGCCCGCACCUGACGCACCUCGGCCUCGUCAGUGACAACGACCUGCGCUACUGCACCGGCGUCGGCCAAGCUACGGGUGGUCUGCGGAGUAUAUCCUCACUGCAUCUUCGCCCCGGUGGCUGGGUCCCUCGCUUCAGUGGUCAUUUUCCCGGGCACUCGAUAUUCGGGAGCCGCAAGAAUGCCAAAGGCGUGGGGGCAAUCCAUUUGGUCUCGUAUCUUCGCCGUCUCGACGUCGAGUAUGCGGGUCUAAGAGGCUACGUAGAUACCUCGCAUAUCGUGGUCGGAGACGAGCUUGCGGACGACCGCCACCUCUCUGGCGCCCGACGCAUCCUCCUCGAGCGUGUCUUCGGCCGCAUCCAAGCGACCGUUACGGGCGAAUGGGGCAUGCGUAAGGAUGUCAGAAGUCGGGCGCUGUCAAGCUGGGACGUCGAUCCUGACGGGGACUGGAAGUUGAUAACGAGGUGGAUCGAGCGAGAUCCUUAGGGAGUACCGUCCGUCGGUAUUGCGCGUUAACGCAAUCGCUAAACGUUAACGACGCGUUCUUGCCGUAUGUGACAGAUGAAUAGGUAUAAUUCACCGCAACGUGCAGGUAGUGUUUCGGAUUUUUUCAUCAAUAUGUGCAUGUCCUCUGUCAUACUAGAGGCCAAGCUUCCAUGCAAUCAAAAAAGGACUUU